AUGUUCCGUAACCUGAUCGGUGAGUGACCAUCUGUCAUAAUACAUAUAUAUUGAGAGAUGAGCAUGCUAAGAAGUUUAGUUAAGAAGUAACAAGCCCUUUGGGGAAUACGGAAAACUGUUUUCCAUAAAUUUUCGACACGAAGUAUCAGUCCAGGUCAUUAAUUAUUGGCAAGAAUAAAAAGACAGUAUCGAUUUUUAGACAAUUUUAAAAAUUUUGACUGUUUUACAUAUCUACCAUACUUCCGAAGGCGACCUGGGGAACCAGUGUGUCGAAGUUUGUCACACUUCCCAGAGGACUUAUAACUUUCUAAUAUAUAUAAUCAUGUACAUAUACAUAUCAAGCGAAUAAUUUCAGUAAUUAUUCAGUGCACAACAUGAAGUUAAGUCUCCGAGACAUGACUUUUUUAGGGUCAGACUGGAAAUUUCAAUGAACAUUUGAGUCCAAGGCAAUCAACUACUGUGUAAUAACAACGUAAUGUCCAUUCUACAAACGAGAAGUACUACGAGUGUUAUGAAAUGUACAUGGCAAACUAUUAUACGGUACUCCCGACAUAUACAUAUAUUUGAAGACAAAUACGUUCUUUGGGAAAAGUAGAAAAUUUUAUUCAUUAAAUGUUCGAUGCUGGUUCCCCAGGUCGUCGUCAUACUUGAGCAAAUGUGCAAAAACAAUUAACAUUUCGAACGUGCUGAAAAAUCUAUAUUCAUUUUGCGUUUGCGCCAGUAGGCUGCCGCCGUAGGCGUCAUUCGGUAUUGAUUAGCUCUCUUCUCCUCUACGUCUUCCUGAGAUUUCUAUACCUGUAAUCUAACCCAAUGUGUCGACUGAUGCAUGAUUCAUCGGAGUCCAUGGCUUCGAGAAACUCUCGGCCUUUUGUAGAGUGGCAAACUCCGAUUAUGCGAGUUUUGUCCCAUGCGAAGGUGUGUCCAGUGUCUAGAGUGUGCAUAGCCAUUUGAGACAGGUGGUCUCGUUUUUUAACUGCCAGUUGAUGUUCAUGGAUGCGUGUAGAGGCAGACUGCCCCAUUUGCUCAAGUCUAAAGACGAUCUUGGGAACCAGCGUUAAAAAUUUGUUGAGUAAAGUUUUCUACUUUUCCCUAGGGACGUAUUUGCCUUCAAAUUUAAUUUUUUUGAAUGUCUGCGUUCCAACAUAUGUGUAUACGUGUAGUGGAGGGGCUCUCACCAGUUGUGUUAUGGAACUCGGUCGUCCCGACUAGGUCGCCCAACCGGUAGCCGCACACCGGCACGUAUUAUACAUUACCGACAAAGACAAGGACGAUUGGAGUAGUAGCCGUCGUCAGCCUGUCAUAUCCAACCGUGAAGUGUGAAACACCUGGUUUGACUGGCUAACGAUGGCUAGUAAGCCAGAAACGACCAUUUCAGCCUCCAAUUUCUUUGUCAUUGAUGUUUCUCUGUAUGUGCGUAACCAAAGUAACUCGGGUCCCGACCUCAGGCGCCCCCGAACCUGGCCUUGAUAAGGUUGGUUGACGGCAAUUAAUAAGCCAGAAAUCGUCACCCCACGCUCCUUUGCCCUUGUCGAUAAUCUCCUUCCACACUAAUUGCUGCGCGACUGUGUUCGGACAUCUAGAUUGAGCCCCGAAGCGCAACGGGUUUAAAGAUCCCGUAACUCCUAUCAAAGUGUGUACAACAAAAAUUCUCAAAAGGCAGCCAGGCCCCAAUACAUCAAGACAAAAAGGGCCCCUUGGCGAGCCGCUGACUUGGUUUCUCUCCCCAAGAAGCAUCCACUGUGGUGGUUCUGACCUCCAGGUUAAGAGGAUCCAAGACAGCUUAUUCCUUUCGCUACUGCCUUAACCGCAGCCCUGAAUCCUAACCCUGAAGCAUCCAAUGCAGAAGUUAGAAGGAGACGACAGACCGAAAGUCAAGAAGGACCACCAGCCAUGGCCCAAAAAGAUACACGCGGCAACAAAGAAACAAGGCCGCCAGAAGAAUACACACCGCAACGCACAGCAACACCAUGGCAACGUAAUCACACCAACUCAAAAUAAUUAAGUAGGUCAACAGUACUGUGUCCAUCAGGUGCGGCCACAUAACCACAUCUUACCGAUGUGUUUUUACCGGUAUUCUUUACUCAUGUUCAAAAUACACUUAAGGUGCGCCGCUACAGCAUACGCUUACUACGGCUUCCGGUAGCUCACUGCUCUUACCGUGCGACGUCAACGAGUGAAAGUUGGACAAUCGAUCGUUCGAAAAAAGUGAUCAGUGGUGUCCUACGCCUACAGCCUAGCCGGGUGCGCCGAGCAAACAAGGCCAGUAACAAUAAAUAGGGUGUUCUGGGGACGGAUAUUGAAGAGAAAGCCGAACAACCGACCUAGUAAAGUCGCUGUUUAUAGUCCAAUCUGCUCUACAAAAUAACUGAUAACCUGUAACUCCUUAUAGAUAAGAUUUAUUUCUUCGGAAAAAUUUAUCCCAAUUGUUGAUUGACUGACAGGGAGUUAGGGGUCGUUUUUUAAUCUUUCUAAUGCUCUUCAGUUUGAGUGAACUCUAGCAUAAAUGCAAAUAUUGUCUGUUAAAAAGCAUAAACUGUUGUGUAGGAGUGACUUUAAAGACUGAACUUACCUGCAUGGCGGAAGAGCCAAACCUCGAACUGAUCGGUAGGGAGAAGUGCCAGAGAAAAAUCCCCUCUCGGUUUCAGCACAUCCGUGUUUCUCUCCCUCUCUGUAUGCCAUCUUCCCUGCCUCAGUCAGAGUAUACAUGUACAAAAAUGAAACAUUUCGUUCGUUAACCAGAGGCGACGGGUUCCUCUACCUGCACCUGUCGUCCAGACGUGCACAUCACCAAAGCCGUUGUCACCAUCAUCGCUACCGCCGCCACCACCACCACCGCCGACAUCGUCCUCAUCGCCGUCGGCGGCAUUUGCGAAAGCGUCAGCAACGGAAGCUGUAAACUCCUAGAGUCAUCCCACUAUGUCCAAAAACAACCGACUUUCACGUCAUGCGCCGAAUGUUCUCUCUCCCCUUUUCGCGCGCUCUCCGCCGCCGACAUGGCUCCUGUCGGUCUGACGGUAGUGGUCUGGAACAGAUACUUAAAUGGCGGCGAAGACUCGCGAGGCGCAAUCGCCUGCGCCCAUACGCGCCUGCGUUGAGCUCACCCCGCUCUGCCAAUUAGCUCUCUCUCUCUCUCCCUCGCCUGCUUACUCAUUCCGUCGCCGUAUGUUCGCCCAAUUGUACCUGUUUAGACCUUGAAGCCCCACCUACCGUCCUACCUCCCUUCCUCUCGCGCUCUCUCUCGCCCCGUCUCGUGUUUAGCCCAUCGCAUGACCGUCCCGCAGACGGGCGGCCGACAGCAUCUAGGCGCACAGUCGUCGCGUGGCGUGACCACGUCAACAACUUGCCUCCACCAAAACACACCCACCGCGGCAGCGGCGGCGGCGGCGACGGCCGCAACGAAUCGAUCUAUGGCCGUAGAGUGA